GUGGUGUGGCUUUAUUACGAAAAAACAAUAUGUCUGACGCGCCACGAAGCCCCCGCCGGGAACAACAAGAGGAUUCUGCCCCUCCUGCCAUCCACGAUGGUGAUAUCGACACCAACUGGGAAGAAGUGAUUGAGUCGUUCGAUGGCAUGGACUUGCGCGAAGACUUGCUCCGCGGCAUUUACGCAUACGGUUUUGAAAAGCCGUCGGCGAUCCAGCAACGCGCCGUGAAGCCCAUCUUGUUGGGCCAUGAUUGCAUUGCCCAAGCCCAAUCUGGUACCGGGAAGACUGCCACGUUUGCCAUCUCGAUCUUGCAAAAGAUUGACCCUGCUCUCCGUGCCACCCAAGCAUUGAUCCUUGCCCCUACUCGUGAAUUGGCGCUCCAAAUCGUCAAAGUCGUGAUGGCGUUGGGCGACUACACUGGCACUCUCGUCCACGCGUGCGUCGGUGGUACCGCUGUCCGCGACGACAUUCGCACGUUGCAAACUGGUGUGCACAUUGUGGUCGGUACCCCCGGCCGUGUCGGCGACAUGAUCAACCGCCGCGCGUUUAAAACGGACGAUGUCAAGUUGUUUGUGCUGGAUGAAGCCGAUGAAAUGUUGUCGCGUGGGUUCAAGGACCAAAUCUACGACGUGUUUCGCUUCUUGCCCGAAAAGGUGCAAGUGGCCCUGUUUAGCGCGACAAUGCCGUUGGACGUGCUCGAAGUGACGCAGCGCUUCAUGCGCGACCCCAUCCGCAUCCUCGUCAAGCGCGAUGAACUCACCCUCGAAGGUAUCAAGCAAUUUUACAUUGCCAUCGACCGCGAAGAGUGGAAGUUUGAUACGUUGUGCGACCUCUACGAAACCCUCACGAUCACACAAGCCAUCAUUUACUGCAACACUCGACGAAAAGUCGACUGGUUGACGGAGCGCAUGCAGUCGAAGGAUUUUACCGUGUCGGCCAUGCACGGCGAUAUGGAGCAGCGCGAACGUGACAUCAUCAUGCGCGAGUUUCGAUCGGGGUCUUCGCGCGUGCUCAUUACGACCGACUUGUUGGCCCGCGGUAUUGACGUGCAACAAGUGUCGCUCGUGAUCAACUACGACUUGCCCACGAACCGCGAAAACUACAUCCAUCGCAUCGGUCGUUCGGGUCGUUUUGGUCGUAAGGGUGUCGCGAUCAACUUUUUGACGGCCGCCGACUCCCGUUACCUCCGCGACAUUGAACAGUUUUACAACACCCAAAUCGACGAGAUGCCCAUGGACGUUGCCGAUCUCAUUUAGACUAGUCACCAGUGGAUGUGGGCCUGGAGUUGCUCGAUGAUGCUUCCGCUCUUGCUUUUGUAAUGUAUCCUUAACAUGGAAGCACUGCAUUUGACGCUCGAACCUCAUGGGACGUUCACGUG